AUCGUCCCCAUCACAGUUCAACAUCAUCCGUCGUAACCCUUUAGCUACUUUAGUUAUUAUAGCUUCCGUCUUGCCACCCAUCGAUCCUCAGAAUCGCAAGCCACCUGGCUUCUCGUUCGACUAUACUAGUAUAUCGUUGACAGCAACGGUCACCAAUUUCGGCGUGGGCGUGUCAAAGGACCCUGCUCCUUCAUCCUUUCGAGACGGUCACGGUCGAGCGGCUUUCUACAAGCCUCUUUAUACACAGAGCUGAAAAGAUGGCAGAGCGACCCAUCUUGCCGACAGAGAUUCUGGACCUUGUCAUCUCAUGGUCGGAACGGCGGGAGCAAGUAGCCUUCCUGCUGCUCUCGGACACGUUCGGUCUGGCUGUCAAGCAUGUUUACCGGCGGGUACAUAAUAUCAUGCCCCAGCUUCAGCAGCUGACGGCAUCAUCAUCAGAAGCGGAAACCGAGCGAGCAAAGACAUACGGCGAGGCCGUGCGCGUCUUGACCCUUGGGGAUGCCGAUUUCGACUGUAUCAGGAGCGACAAAUACCGCGGACGGGCAGAAGAGGCCAUGAGGAUUCACCUCGAAGGGCAUCUGUCUGUGGCCAAGACUCUGCUACCCAAUCUGGAGCGCGUAUGGGCUCUCAAAUUGCCUUGGUGGGCACGUGUCCCACAAAACAUCAAAACUUCAGUGUGCCAAAAGCCUGACGGUGGCCUGCUCAGCGUGCUCGUGAAACCAAGCUAUGAAAGUAGCUUGGGGUCCUGCUUCGACACUCUUCAGAAGGUACUGCACCACGCUCCAGAGAUCCACCUGGGCGAGCCUCAGCAAAGUAAUGAACGAUUCUGGCUUCGUAGACAACUCUACAGAGAUCAUGAUGCCUGUUUCGCGCCGAUUGGGUUUCAUGACAAGCAUGGGGUCAUCAAAACACUUCGGUUGGAUAUAUACGAUAUCGGAUCAAGUCGCCUCAAUGACAUACUGUCAUGUUUCCCAAAGCUACAGGAGCUGGGGAUUGACUUGAGCGCAGGUGGCAGUGCACCAUAUCCGGAUGUGGUGCACAGCCAUGGCUCAGACCUGCUGCGGUUGUGGAUAUCAGCAAAUACGCUGGGCUGUCUCGAUGCCGUAUUGAAUCGAGACUUGCCCAGCUUGCGGCUCUUGCACAUCCACAUCAAGUCGGUCGCAAAAAAGACCAAAGACAUCAAAUGGGCUGCUUGCCUCACCGAUCUGGUCGUCCAUAUUGACUGGGAAUGCCGAAUCACGCCCGAGGAAUUGGCCCAGCGGUUGUGGAUCCGGGUACCCAGGAUGUGCAACAUCCAAAUCUUGUUUUAUGUUGGCGUCAUCCAUAAGGGACCAACAUCGAUCGACAAGGACGACUGGAUCGCGCGGUUCAAGGCUCUGCGUUUGGAGCAGAUCGAGAAAAGCCUUGGGCCGCCCGGCUUCUCGCUCGUGCCUCCUCCUCGUAGCAACGAGUCGGGCGAGUCGGAAUUCAGGUCGAGCGAAGUGCACCGGGUUGAUGCGGACCCGACGAUGGACGCAACGAGGAAAGCAGCAGGCUCGUCGCCCGAUAGCUAGCUAUGGCUGCUUCUGUAUAUAGGCUUUUUCCUUAUUCCCAAGAUUUUUGUUCCGGGCAAGAAGAGGUGGGAGGACAAUCACAAGCCUUCUGACAUCUG